AUGAGUGCCUCAAGCCUCCCUUAUAUGAAGUCCAACCCCAAGAUCAUCUUCUUUACGGACUUUGAUGGGACCAUCACGCUCCAGGACAGCAAUGAUUUCUUGACAGAUAAUCUCGGUUAUGGACAAGGAAAACGUCGCCAAGGGAACAUCGACGUCCUUGAAAAUAGGGCUAGCUUUCGUGAUGCCUUCCGCGAUAUGCUCGAUAGUGUCAAGACCCCCUUCAAUGAGUGCAUCGAGCAGCUAAAGAGGAACAUGAAGCUGGAUCCUUACUUCGUCGAAUUCUACAACUGGGCCAAGGAGAACAACGUGCCCAUUGUAGUAUUGUCAUCCGGCAUGACACCGAUCAUCAGCGCAUUGUUUGAGGCUCUGCUAGGACAUAAGCCCGAUGAACACCUCCAAAUCGUCGCGAAUGAUGUCGAAAGCCGCGAUGGCAAGGAUAUCAAUACUGAGGGUGGUUGGCAGAUCAAAUAUCAUGACGAUAGUCACUUUGGCCACGACAAGUCCUUGGAGAUUAAGCCCUACGCCGCCCUGCCGGACAAUGUACGCCCGACUCUGCUGUAUGCGGGAGACGGUGUCUCCGAUUUGUCGGCUGCUUCGGAGACCGAUCUUUUGUUCGCUAAAAAGGGCAGGGACCUAGUGACCUACUGUGAGCGUCAGGGAACCCCGUUCACUGUUUUCGAGAGCUGGUCCUCAAUCCUUGCCACGACGAAAGAUAUCCUGAGUGGCAAAGUCACCAUCAAGAAAGUGGCCCAAGAGGGACUUGAAACCGUUCGCGCGGGUGUACAGCUCGCAAUAUUUGCUAUUUUUAUACUUGUUCUCGUCGUGACCCUAGAUAACCGGUUUCGGGUCCUACCUGCCUCUAUCCAUGGCCAUCUGCCUUCGCACUAUUCCGGACUCGUCGUUACAGAUGUGACUAUAAAGACAUGCUCGUCCAUCAAUCCCUUCUCAAAAUGCAAACCCAUCUCGCCGUCGUGGACUCAAGUCGACAAGGAUCUUUAUCUGCGCACUGGUUGGACCUCCACCGCCUUUGUCCAGUUCGAACGGAAAAAGGAGGAAGAAUUGCUUCCUACGGACAAAGUCGUGAUUGAUUUGAAGAUUAGUCGACUUAUUCCGGAUUCCACCGAUGAAGUCAAGGAUGGGGAAAAGGACGAAGCCGCGUGGUGGGAGCCGCGUCCGGGUGGCAUUUGGGUGAGACGAACAUCCAAGCGCCACGCAAGUGAUUCGCAGAAAGCGAUCACAAUGGUCGAUGUUCUUUUCGGCGCAGAUGCAGUGGAUCCACGGAUUGGAUGGGAGGUUAGAGAUACUCCGCUGCUGCUGGAUAGUCGGACGGAGGAAUUGGAGGCCCGCAUCAGUAUCCAGAGGGGCGAUCCUCAGAAAAUGAAAAAACCAGUCCCUAGGAUCAAUGAACACGGUCGCUUCAAGAUUAUGCAGCUGGCAGAUUUGCAUUUGAGUACUGGCCUUGGUGCGUGUCGUGACCCUAUCCCAGCUGAACCUGUUCCGGGACAGAAAUGCGAGGCCGACCCGCGGACGCUUGAGUUCGUGGAAAGGCUCUUAGAUGAAGAGAAACCCGAUAUGGUGGUCCUUACUGGUGAUCAAGUCAACGGUGAAACUUCUCCGGAUGCACAGAGUGCACUGUUUAAGUCUGUCAAACUGCUCGUGGAUCGCAAGAUCCCUUACGCAGCUAUCUUUGGUAAUCAUGAUGAUGAGGGCAAUCUCAACCGGUCAGAACUUAUGGCCAUGUUAGAGGGUCUACCUUAUUCAAUGUCGUCGGCGGGCCCCCAAGAACUUGACGGUGUUGGUAACUAUAUCGUUGAAGUUCUGGGUCGUGGCAGUACGACACAUUCAGCAUUGACUCUGUAUCUCCUUGAUUCCCAUUCGUAUUCGCCCGAUGAACGACAAUUCCGAGGUUAUGACUGGAUCAAACCCAGUCAGAUUCGUUGGUUCAAGAACACUGCUCAAGGCCUGAAGAGAAAAAACCAUGAAUAUGCGUACAUGCACAUGAACCUGGCAUUUAUUCAUAUCCCAUUGCCUGAGUACCGUGAUCCGAAUAACCAGUUCGUCGGUAAUUGGGAUGAAGCUCCAACAGCUCCCGGGUUCAAUUCAGGCUUCAAAGAUGCACUCGAAGAGGAGGGCAUCCUCUUUGUCAGCUGUGGACAUGACCAUGUCAAUGACUACUGCAUGAUUAAUAAAGACAAAGACGAGAAGCCGUCGCUCUGGAUGUGCUAUGGAGGAGGUGUUGGAUUCGGAGGCUAUGGAGGCUAUAAAGAUUACGUCCGGCGCGUGAGGUUCUUUGACUUUGACAUGAAUGCCGGACGGGUCGUGACAUACAAGCGACUUGAGUAUGGUGAAACAGAGGCCAAAAUCGAUGAGCAGAUGAUCGUCGACGGUGGUGCGGUGAAGGGAUUAUAA